AUGUAUUCCGACAGUAUCUCGGAACUAGACACGAUAGCUAAUGUGAUCGGUCUGCGGGGUGUGGGUACUAGUACGUUGACCAAGUUUGUGGAUAUGUGGUACCACGUCUUCCUGUGGGCUUUAUUUUCGUCGAUUAUCAUUCACACCGGCGCAGCGGUGAUUGCGUUCGUAACGCUGCGCAAACACAAAUUCGGGCGAUUUUUCUCAAUUUUUAUUCUGGUGAUGGGUGUAGUUUCACCGGUUACCGGCGGCACUGUUAGCAGUGCCACCAUUGCCUUUGUACAUAGAGCCUCGAAUCUGCCGAUGUCGCCCAUACUGGCCAUGGUAUAUGGGGUCGGUCAAACAAUCUUAUCCGCGUGUCUCGGCUUCACAAGAGUUCUUGCGACACUGUAA